UAAACGAUUUAUCCAAUGUUUUUACAAGCCAACAAAGUUUGGAUCAACAAUUCAUAAACUCGGGUUAUACGUUUGGAAUAAAAAUUAAUUUUUAAACAACACAUUGCAGUAUGAAUUAACAAUGGCCCAUUUGACGAAGAGAUUUGUUUUACUUGCAAUUUUCAUCACUGUUGUGGCCAUAACCUACGGACAACAGUGUAGCGUUGUACCAAAGUGCACAUGCAAAUACGGCGAUGAAAACGUCGACGUUGAAGAGCAGGACACGGGAAAUGAAGCCCUCGCCGGAGCUGUAGGAGCCCUAGGAUCCGUUGUAGUCAGCGGAGGGGGUUUCGGACUUUGGUAUCUUUUGCGGGGACGGAAUUCUGGCUCCGUUUCCUUUGAUCGAUCUGACUCUUCCAUGUCUGAGGAAUCUGUCGGGCGUGGAAAGGAGGGCAAGGGCCCUCCGGCGCAAUACAACAAGAAAUCCGAGGCGGAGAGCGAAUACGUCAAGACACCAAAUAUAUACACGGCUGGACAGGGGGACAAUCUAACUCACAAAGUCGGGUUUCAAAGAGCAGGUGCUGAUUUCUGAGACAAUUUAUAUAAUAUGGACAAUUUUUGUUCAUAUGGAUAUUAUACUAGCAGUGUGUAUAAUUCAAACAGAAACCUCAAAAUGCAUACGCGAUUCAUACAGUUGGUUUAUGAAUUUAAAAUCUGUGAUAUCAUGGCCUAUGGUCUUUCUACGUGUUAUUUAAUUUAUCCACGUGCGUUUACUUUUUUGUACAUAUUGUUUGAUUAUUAAUUUUCAGUAUACUUAUAAAUAAUGCAAUAGACAUAUUUAGAGGCUUUCUGUGGAUGUUGUAUAUUCUUUCGCAGACUUCGUAUAUAUGUUACUUUAACGACGAUUUUUCUUGGAGUGACUUUAUCGUAUUAAAUAAAAUACUAAUAUGCUUGUUCUGUUAAAACACGCCUAUGCUUAAAUGACGUCAUGUUAACGUGCGAUGAACUAGAUUUUUCUACUGUUUUAGAUGAAGAGCAUAUUAAAAUUGAAAUAAAGUAUAAAAAAAUUGUGUUUUUUAAUUAAAUUAAUGCACUCAAAAUCGGUUAUAUAUCGGCAGAAUAAUUCACUCGGGCUAUGCCCUCCUGAAAUUAUUCCGCGGACGUAUAAUCUCUUUUCAUGUAUUGAUAACGUUAAAACACGUUUUUUUUUCUAUACAUUAUUUCUUAAAUGUAAGCCUAUUUCAAUGCUUAAACUGUAACAGGUAAUACUUCAUUGCAUUUUUUUUUCAUUAAUUGAAGAUAGUAAAUGCAAAUUGUAUAUUAGUGUCUCCAAGAAUAAGAUGAGCUUUUUUGUGAAAUAUAUGUUUUGCCACUUAACAACUUGAAAACUAACUGUACUGCUGUUUGAUUGAUACAUACAGGUUUUUCGUAUUUGAAAUUUUUCAUUCAAGGUAACAUUUUUCUAUAUUUGGACACGUUUAACCUUUAGCCUGCUGGCGGCAAGUGAUUCUGCCUUUGCGGCAAGCGCAGACCAAGAUCAGCCUGCACGUGCGUGCAGGCAGAUCAUGGUCUGCACUUUUCGCUAUUCAGUCAGUAAAUUUUCAGCGAACACCCCUUCGAGUAAUAAAUGGUAUUGCCCAAACUGAAUGAUGGACCAGUCCAUUUUAGAAAUCGAGCAGGCUAAGGGUUAAGACCCAGUUUACGGUAUCUGAAAAUGCUGGUAUGCACAAGCUAUAUUAUUUUGAAAUAACAAAAUAUUCUUGAAAAAAUACAUAUACUGUUAAA